CUGAGAACAAUUCCGGCGGACAAAAAAAUUGUUGUGAAAUUUUGUUUAGGCCUCUUCGAGGAGCUGGGUCCCUUCAAAAUCAAUGAUUAUGGAGCGAAUGUGUACGCUAACGAAUAUUCAUGGAAUCUGUUUGCAAAUGUGCUAUUUGUUGAAUCGCCAUCAGGAGUAGGAUUUUCGUUCAAUACAAAUGGUAAUGUGUCUACGAAUGAUGAUGAUGUUGCGCAGCAUAAUUAUAACGCUUUUAUGAACUUCCUGGAAAAAUUUCCCGAAUAUCGCGGGAGAACCACAUUUAUCACUGGAGAAUCAUAUGCUGGCGUUUAUCUUCCAACUCUUGCAAUCAAAAUGCUUGGUGAUUCAACGAAUUUUCCUAAUUUCAAGGGAAUGGCUAUUGGUAAUGGAGCUCUAGAUUUUUUCCACAAUUACGACACAAUGGUCCCUCUUUACUACUACCAUGGUUUGGUGAGAGACGAAUUGUACCGAAAUUUCUCAUCCACUUGCUGCAAAAAUAAUAUCGAAAGCUGUGACAUCAUAACAGCCUACGACAAUCCCGUAUGUAAACCACUUGUGCUUGAGAAAGUGUAACU